AUGCCGUCCUUAGGUCAGAAACGUUUCAAGCCGUCUCCUUGUCCACAUGAUCUGAAACCUAAUGACAAAGUUUUUUAUCUUCCACUCACUAAUGAAGUAUUUACAUCAUAUGAAAACUUCUUUCUGCGACAAAUAUCUCUCAGUUCGAUGAUCUGGACAUGUUCAGUAACUGGGAAAACGGGUUUGACAUUUGAAGAGGCUCUUGAAUCGGAGAAAAGUGCUAAAGAUACCUUAAAAACAUAUCCUUCUUCAUUUGCGAAGCCUCUACUUUAUCUUGUCCACAAAUUGUCUUGUCGUGGUCGAAUGGAGGAUUUAGUCAACGACAUCUAUUAUUUUGUCAAGGAUCAUUAUUUAAUUGGUGAAGAAGUAACACUAGGGUGUGGACGUAGUCGGAAAGACGUUAAAAUAUGGAAAGUGACUUAUGCUGAAGUCCUAAAUGAUACUCUCAAGAAGCCAAAUAAUAAUUCAGAAAAGACGGAUACUUCCGUAAAAAAAGGAGAACUGCUUAUACCAUCUGCUGAGCAUUAUACUUAUGAUGUCAUGGUGCUGAACCCAGAGAAUAAGAGCAUCAUUUAUGAAUUACGAAAUCAGAUCAAGCAUUAUAAUUUGACUCGUAGCAAGUCGUUAUGGGCUCGAAAUAUUUUACGUUUAAUUUUGAAGAGUUCUUGUGUGACAAAUCACGAAAGAUUAGUUGUAAAGGAAGAAUUAGUCCAAAGAUUUGAUCUAGAAAAUAUGACAUGGGAAGAAGUGUUCAAUGGACCUGUUGCUCAGUUUCCGCAAACACCUUUAGUGAGUCGUGGAACAGUUAGAAGGGUUCAUCACUCUCGCAGCUAUAUAAAUGGCACGUGUGCUAGUGACGUAAAUAUACCGUCAACAUCAGAUGUUGACUGCGUCCACGGUAUUCAAAGGGACCAAGUACUUGAGGAAACGAAGUUUGUAAACAAAGAUAAAAAGGACAAUACUGGUGAACGUACCACAAAGAAAAAACAGAAACACGGGAAAGCAAGCAAAAAAAAAGUGAUUCUAGAACAGCAAGAGGAGUUGGAAGGUCUCUUUGAGCAAGCACGAAAGAUGAAUAUUGAAAAUCUUUCACGCUGGGAACAAAAUGAUCAUUUAUUAUCGGAAGCAGAAAUAGUCGCUCUGAAGCAGUUAAUACGCCAAACUAAGGAAAAGGAACGGAAAGAAAUACGUCUAAGAAAGCAACGAAUGAAAGAAAUAUUAUCGGAAUGGAAAAAACCAAGAGAUGAUGUUCUCUGUGAUGACCUUCGACCUUUGCCUGAUCUGGAGCCUUUUCUGCUUCCAGCUUGGAUGUCUGAUGAUGAUUUUGGACAAUAUUUAUGUAUUUUCGAAUUCUUUCAAAGUUUCUCAGAAUUGCUGCCAGUGAAAGAGGUACGUGGCACUCAUCAAAUCAAGUUUUGUGAGAUCGUUUCAGCUAUCAGAAGUUGCAAUCCUGAACAAGAUAGCAUGUUUGUGCAGUUAAUACACAUUCUUUUGAAAGCUAAAACUGAAAGAGCUGACGAAGAAGAUGGAGAUGAAGUUAACUUAAACAGAAGAGAUGAAAUAUCUCCAGAUGCGAAUGAUAUAGAUCAUAAACUAUACGGUUCAAAAAUACGAGAAGCUACAAUUCUUCACGAAAAUGUUCGACUUACUCAUGGAUUGAGUGCUCGGCAUCUGCCAAUCGAUUGGAUGACUAUAACGGAAGUUCUGAGACUGUCGAUAAUCACAUCCGGAUAUUACACAGGCGCUCCCACUCAUAGGUUUAGACUAUUUUCAAGAGGAGCUAUCCGUUGUUACGAAGAUGAAGGAUUUUUGUUUGCCAACGAAAACCCCCGCAUCAUGAGUAUUUUAGAAAAGAAAUCUGUAUUCGAUUUGCAACCACAUGAACGUUUAGCACUGUUGAAGAUGUUGAUGCACCAAUUACUCAGCUAUCACAAAUUUCGCUCUCUAUGUGAUGAACGAAUUAGUUCAUUACUUGAUGCUCGUAAAGAAUUGAAAAAUCUUCGCAGUUUCGAUUUAGUGCAAGAGAAAGAAGCACGAGAAGCUUCUUUAGUUCGGGAGUAUGAAUUGGAACAAAUCGAGGAGCUUGGUGAAGCAGCAAGAAUAGAUUUCGCGAAGAAAGAAGAACUUUCUAAGGAAACAGUCAUUUUACUUAAUUUUGUCAAGAGCGGAAGCUUCAUAGGAAGGCGAGAUGACAAAUUAAAACAUGUCGAACGGAUACUUAUGAAAGGAGUUUCGUACGUUCAAAUGGAAAUUGAUGAUAUUAAAAAAGUUCGUUCUCUACAAAUGGAACACAUAACUGCAGCAGAAGACGAUCUUUUAGGUCGAGUUGGAUGGCUCUGCCUUGGUCGAGAUCGCGCUUUCCGUACAUUUUGGUAUUUAGAUUCCUUUCCUCUGCUUCUAGUUGAAGAUGCUAAUUCAUCUGAUGAACGAGGUUCUUGCAUUGGACCGACACCGCUGGAUAAAGCAAAAAAAUUUCGUCAGUCGUAUUCAAGUGAUGACGAUGUGCGAAAAGCCCUAUUAGGAUGCACAUCUACUGAUGAGUGCCCAGUUCAUGGAAAAGUUGGUCAUCGUCGUUGGCAGUUAAUUACAUGUAUCGAUGUUUUGGAAAAAAUUGAGUCAUCUUGUAACAGUCGAGGUUUAAGAGAAUCUGAGCUUCUGGAAAAUUUGAAAUUUUUCAGUCCUCUAUUAAAAAAUAUACUUACACGAUGCUCAGAAAAGAUCAUAUCUGGUGAAAUCUAUAAAGACUUAUUUUUGAGUGGCGUUGAUUUCGCUGACAACUUGGUUUCGUUCGAUUGGAAUCGUGAAUUUGUUGAUAUGCUUUUAGAUUUGGAAGAAAAGAUUGAACAAGGUUGUAUUGGUCAUUUAGCUAUAGGUGAAACAUACAGUAGGAAAGAUUGGCGGCAGUCGCUUCUGGAAAAGCACAGUGUUGCGAGUUUUGUUGAUAAAAAUUUUGAAAUAUUUGGUGAAGUAGUAUUAAGUGUGACACAAGUACAGUCGCUAAACGAAUUAGAACAUCUGGCUCUAGCAUUUUUACAAAUUGUACAAGGAAUAAAUAUAAAGUUUCUGCGCCUCCCAUUUGCAACGGCUUCCUCUAAAGAAAGAAAUUGCGUAAAUAUCCCUACGACCACCUUUGACCAGUGGCAAAAAUCGUUGUUAAAAUGUUCUUCAACAUCAGCUCUGUCUCUUCAUUAUGCAACCCUGGAAUCUGCUAUUAUGUGGACAAGAAGCCGCCUUCAGGCAAGAUGUCGGAAAUGCCGAAAAAAGGGUGAGACCGAGAAAUUAUGCAUGUGUACUCGUUGUGAUCGAUGUUACCACAUAGAUUGCGCAAAACCGAAAAUCGAAGAUCCUUGUGGAUGGAUGUGUUCUGAUUGCGAAGAUUUUGAUGAGCAAAGUUCAAGUCAAGCAAGUGAUCACGCCUGUGGCACAUCUACAGAUGAAUGUAUCGAACAAUCAUUUGUUGAGUUCGAGUUACCAAUGGAUGUAUUCAAAACAUCCAGUGGACGCGUUGUUAAAAAGGUAGAAUAUGCGGAUAAUUCUAGUGUGGGAAAACGAGAAUUGCGAAAAAGAAAAGCUGGGACAUAUGCAGAAAGUGAUAGUGAUGAUGACGAUAGUAGCGAAAAAAAAAGUGAAUGCACAUCAGUAACAAUGAGCUUACGUGACUCGAACAGUCGAACUCGAGAUUCGCUUCGUGAUUGUGAAUUGCUAAUUAGUGAAGCGAUGCGGCAACAGAGUUCAUGGCCUUUUCUUAGACCAGUGGAAGCCAGAAUUGUUCCUGACUAUUAUCAAAUUAUCAAAAGGCCGAUGGAUCUACGUACGAUGAUGAACAAACUAAAACAAAAGCUGUAUGAUACUCCAGAUCAGGUUGUAGCUGAUGCACGUUUAAUUAUUGCAAAUUGUCGCAUUUAUAAUGAAGAAGAUUCUGAAAUAUAUGAGGUAUACUGUAUUCCGUUCUUAUGCUUAUAUUUUUACAUUAUAAGACGACUCACUAUGCGUUUUUUUUUGUAGGA